AAAAAACUCUAUAUCUGUCUACAAAAAUGAGCUGACAGAAAUAUAGAAACAUCAAGAGUUCUUUCUAAAGAAUCCCCAAGAAAAAAUUACUUAAAAAUCAUGCCAAAACCUCAUGUGCUAGUUAUACCUUAUCCCGCGCAAGGCCAUGUAAUUCCUAUAAUGGAGCUUGCUCAACGAUUAGCGAAGCACAGAGUCAGAGUUACAUGUAUUAACACAGAGGUCAAUCACAAGCUCGUGACAGGCAAUUGUUUAGAUAAAGAUGGUUUAGGGGAUGUGGUGCAGAUGGUCUCAAUCCCUGAUGGGUUAGAACCAUGGGAGGACAGGAGCGACAUUCGUAAGCUGACCUUGUCAAUAUUACAAACCAUGCCCCGCAAGCUUGAAGAACUAAUAGAGACAAUUAACAAAGAAGACAGUAGUAAAGUUACUUGUAUUAUUGCUGAUGGUUUCAUGGGAUGGGCCAUACGAGUUGCAAAGAAGAUGGGAAUUAGUAGUGCAGCCUUCUGGCCUGCCUCAGUUGCUACACUGGCCUCCUUUUUGUCCUUUCAGAAACUCAUCGAUGAUGGCAUCAUAAACAAGAAUGGCAUACCUCUAAGUGAUGAGAUGAUUCAACUAUCUGAAACCAUGCCACCUAUAAAACCUCAAAACCUUACAUGGGCAUGCUUUGAGGACUCAGCUCUGGUAGAAGUUAUAUUUAAAAUGGUACUACAGGCUGAAGAAGCUUCCAGAUUGACAGAAUGGUUUAUAUGUAACUCGUGUCCUGAGCUAGAGGCUGCAGCAUUUAGCCUGUAUCCACAGCUAUUGCUGAUUGGCCCUCUUCUAGCAAGCAACCGACUAGCUGUCCAGGCGGGCCACUUCUGGCAAGAAGACAGCACCUGCUUAGCAUGGCUUGAUCAACAACCAGUGUCUUCAGUCAUUUAUGUUGCAUUUGGGAGCUUCACUAUGUUCAACCAAACUCAGUUUGAAGAAUUGGCACAUGGUCUUGAACUUAGCAACAGACCAUUCUUGUGGGUGGUGAGACCAGGUAUGACUAAGGAGACUACAACUGAUUAUCCAGAAGGAUAUAUAGAAAGAAUAGGCUCUCGUGGAAAAAUCCUGAGUUGGGCACCGCAACAGAAGGUACUAUCCCACCCUUCGGUAGCAUGUUUCAUGAGUCAUUGUGGUUGGAACUCUACUUUAGAAGGUGUCACAAACGGAGUCCCAUUUUUGUGUUGGCCGUAUUUUGCUGAUCAAUUUCACAAUGAGACUUACAUUUGUGACAUCUGGAAGAAUGGGCUGGGGUUAGAAAAAGAUGAAGUAGGUAUCAUUACUCGAGGAGAGAUAAUGAGUAAGGUGGAGAAGUUGCUGAGUGAUAAAACAUUAAAAGUGAAGGCAUCGGAUAUCAAAGAAAAGGUUGCAAGUAAAGGGGGGUGCUCACACAAAAAUCUUAACAAUUUUAUUGAAUGGAUACAAAAGAAUAAUGAUGCACAUACCAAGGAUGAACCUGAGUCUAUGUGAACAUGAAUUUCUAAAACAUAGUUGGGUGUAAUUUUUUAUAACUGGCUCAAAGCGUUAUAUUUGGGUCUGAUAACUAGUAUUGAAAUGCAAUAUGUUAUAAUAGGUCUUAAUGUGUAUUUUAGCUUGUAGUAGGUUAAAAGGUUCUUGAUGGGCAAUGUCUAGGUAAAGUGACUUAUAAUUACUUGUCUUAUUUUAUGUAAUAUUAUCUUAUAUGAAGUGUAACAUGUGGUUGUACUUUGUUAUAACGGAAUCCAGUGGAUCUUAUUUU